AUGAGAUUGACAGAUGAAAGCAAGGCGUUUCAUUUUGGAGUAUAUUCUAUAGUGUUUCAAAUACCUUAUGGAAAAGUUACAAGCUAUGGUCACAUUGCUUAUCUUUUGAACAAGCCUGAGAACCCAAGACAAGUUGGUUCAUCUCUAAAGCAUUGUUCAUUUAUAAUUUCUCAGUUGAAUGAGAGCCUCGAUCCCAGUAAUCCGGAUUGGUUAGAUGUCAACGAAUUGCCCUGGUGGAGAGUGGUUCUGAGCAGUGGGAAAAUCUCGCCACGCGAAGCCAAUGGGCAGUAUGUGCAUAAGGAUAAACUACUAGAAGAGAAUGUUGCUGUUCUGCAAGGGCAUAUGAUUGACAUGGAUGAGUAUGGUUGGUUUCCAGAAGAUAUAAGUUACUGA